ACCAACUUUAGCCAGCUUGCUAACAUGUAAUUCAGCGAAUGUGGUUGAACGGCACACACGGCGCUUUUCCUGGACUUAAAUGCACCAUAUGACAUUUCUAUUCAUACAUAAGGCAACUGAAAUAAUUGUCUUAAUGUUCGCUACUGCGUGUGUCUCCGUUACCGCCACCAGAACAUGUCCAGUUAGCCAGAACGCAGAAAUUGGUGGAUAACGAACCUGGUGAGUUAGCCGAGCCGAGCCGAGCCAGUUCGUUUGGACUGGGUUUGAACAGGUUUCGUCGCCCAAGAAGGACAAGCAAAGCCGGAUGCUGUGACUACCAUGAGUCCCGCAGGCUGCCCCCAUGUCAACAGCUUCAAAGUGGACAACUGGAAGCAGAACCUGAGGGUUAUUUAUCAGUGUUUCGUGUGGAGCGGUUCGGCGGAGACCAGAAAACGCAAGGCCAAGUCAUGCAUCUGCCACAUGUGCGGGGCCCACCUCAACAGACUCCACUCCUGCCUCUACUGCGUCUUCUUCGCCUGCUUUGCCAAAAAACACAUCCACGAACACGCCAAGAGCAAAAGGCAUAACCUAGCUAUUGACCUGCUGUACGGGGGAAUUUACUGCUUCAUGUGCCAAGACUACAUUUACGACAAAGACAUGGAACAGAUUGCCAAAGAGGAACAAAGGAAAGCCUGGAAAAUGCAAGGCAUAGGGGAGAAGUACUCGACAUGGGAGCCCACCAAGAGGGAGCUGGAGCUGCUCCGCCACAACCCCAAGAGGAGGAGAAUCACCUCCAACUGUACAAUUGGCCUGCGUGGUCUGAUAAACCUGGGCAACACAUGUUUCAUGAACUGCAUCGUCCAGGCGCUGACGCACACCCCGCUGCUGCGCGACUUCUUCCUGUCCGACCGGCACAAAUGCGAGAUGCAGAGCAACUCCUGCCUGGUGUGCGAGAUGUCUCAACUCUUCCAGGAGUUCUACUCAGGCCAUCGCUCGCCACACAUCCCGUUCCGCCUCCUCCACCUGGUGUGGACUCACGCCCGUCACCUGGCCGGCUACGAACAGCAAGACGCUCACGAGUUCCUCAUCGCAGCUCUGGACGUCCUGCACAGACACUGCAAAGAUGACAACGGGAAGAAAGCCAACAACCCGAACCACUGUAACUGCAUCAUCGACCAAAUCUUCACAGGGGGCCUGCAGUCUGACGUCACCUGUCAAGUCUGCCACGGUGUCUCAACGACCAUAGACCCCUUCUGGGACAUCAGCUUGGACCUUCCAGGCUCCUCCACCCCCUUCUGGCCCCUCAGCCCUGGAGGAGACGGUUCAGCACUUAACGGAGAGAGUCACACCACUGGAGCCACAACGCUCACAGACUGUCUGCGCAGGUUCACCAGACCAGAGCACCUUGGCAGCAGCGCUAAGAUCAAGUGCAGUGGUUGCCAUAGUUACCAGGAGUCCACCAAGCAGCUGACCAUGAAGAAGCUGCCCAUCGUGGCCUGCUUUCACCUCAAAAGGUUUGAGCAUUCAGCCAAACUACGGAGGAAGAUCACAACCUAUGUCUCCUUCCCUUUGGAGCUGGACAUGACCCCCUUCAUGGCCUCCAGUAAAGAGAGCAGGAUGAACGGACAGUACCAGCAGACCGUGGACCCCUUCAACAAUGACAACAAGUACAGCCUGUUUGCUGUAGUCAACCACCAGGGGACACUAGAGAGCGGCCAUUACACCACCUUCAUCCGGCAGCACAAGGACCAGUGGUUCAAAUGUGAUGAUGCCAUCAUCACAAAGGCCAGCAUCAAGGACGUCCUGGACAGUGAAGGGUACCUUUUGUUCUACCACAAACAGUUCCUGGAGUACGAAUAGUCCCCCUCCCCCCGCCCCAUUUCCACCACUUCCUCUUCCCUCCCCAUCAGCACAUCUGCAGGAGGAGAUGAGGGGAUGAUGCAAGGAUUAUGUGCAUGGAAAUAGAAAAAAAAAUGCAACAAAGUGAUGGGAGAGAUGCAAGAAAGCAGAACUCAUAAGUCUCACCUCUCAUAUUAAUAUAAUUCCACACAAUAAACUGUCCGCUGUGCAGGAGAGCGCUAAAAACAAAUGCAAGAACCUUCAAGAUGACAUUUAGAAAUGAGAUUUGUGGAAGCCCUGAAGGAAUAAUACUUGCAAAAUCUUUUCACUGGAUUUACAGAAGAAAGCAUCUUUUUUUUUUUUUUUUUGGAAACCUUAGUUUAUCUGGGGACAGUUUACUUGAUCACACAUAUGCUGUUCUUCACCGACGGCCUGCUUCGUGCUCACACAGCUGCAAAUACCACAAGGGGUUUAAAAAAUAAAAAAUGCAGAGCGGCGGCCUCUCGCUGGCUCCAGAAGUGAAUAUUCAAAUUCAACUUUCUCUGGGACACCAGCACACUCGUCCAGCACAUCCACACACGCCCCAAAAUGACCAAAUAUGACAAGGAUGGAAGUCGUCUUAUGCUUCUUUUUUGUUUUUUGUUUUUUUUUGCACCGAACGCAAAGAGUGAGGAAGAAAAAAAAAAAAAAGAAAUCGCAAGACAAAUGAUGUUAUGAGCAUGUAUAGACUAGAGACAGUUUAUUUUAUUCACUAUUCGUGAGUUUGUGAGUUGAAAACUUUAAAGUACAUGUUUUCUUUAGUUCAAAGGAUCGCCGAUCUGUUAUUUUCUGCCUCUAUCGCUGCUUCCAACAGUCACAGGGAGGGGAUAAAAAUGACACAGUGAAUAUUAUAUUUUUAUACAUACUGUAAUUAAAAGGUUUGUUUACGGUUUUUGCAUUCUCCCUGAACUCUCACGUUGUCUGUCCAUGUUAAAUUGUGCUGUCAAUCAUGUUUUUGUUUGGGGGUUUUAUUUGUAUAAGAAAGCUGAAUAGUACUGGUUAUUUUCAUGAGAAUGCUGCUAUGGUGGCUUAAUUUUUAGUUUUUUAAAUUUUCUUUGGCAUGUUUCUUUUUAAUCAGUUUUCAGACAGUACAGAGGCAUAUUCUCCAUGUUUAAGAUAUGUUGCUGUUGCUGUUUCAGGUAAAUGGCAAAAAAAAGAGAAGAAAAAAGGAGGCGUUAUUCUCAAUAGAGAGUGUGUAUAAUGGGUCAGAAGCUCGAUCCUGCAGUGUUAACCUUCGGCCGCAUGUUGCUCUAAUUCGGUGUGUUUGUGUAUGUGUGUGUGUGUGUGUGU